AUGACUACUCAGAAUGGGCAUGCAGGCGUCAAGCGAUCCAUAAGCCCAGAUGACGAGGGUCAUGAAGUUCACCAAGGGCGACAGAGAUCCAGAGCCGCCUGCACGCCUUGUCGUCAGCGGAAACGAAAAUGCGACGGCAAGCUUCCAUGCGCUACAUGCGUUCGAUAUGAGUACCAAUGCGAAUAUGCGUCAAACGCAAAGCGUCCCUCUGCCGCACACGCAGAUGUUGCGCAGGAACCGCCGCCUCCGCAACCAAUAGGCAGGACGCCUCCCAGUAUCAUCCAACUCCAGGCCCAUCCUUUGACCGCACCUGGGGCGAGAUUCCACCACCGUGGUAUACUGGACCCUGUGAAAACUCGAUUUGUGAGAGCAAACUCAGCCAUUGCCUUUCCGCGUAUCCUUGGCAUGGACCUGGAGUCCGAUAGCAUCCCAAGAUUGCAUUCUUUUGCUUGGAAUCUUGGACUACGCCAUGAGCCGCAGGAGCCGUCCGUCGAUGUUACCACUCACUUAACAUGGGGCGAGAUGCAGACCCUGGCAAGCUCUUACUUCAAAAACGUGAAGACCGAGUUUGGCCUCCUGGACGAGGCUGAGUUCAUGGAGCAAGCGUCGUCCCGGUUCUCUGAUCCAUCUGGCAUCAGAGAUAUCGACUCGGUAGUUCUUGGUGUCGCUGCUAUUGGAUCGUUCUUCUCCGCAACUCCACACCCCAAAGAAGAUGUUAUCUUCUUGGAUGCAAGAAGAGUGCUCGUAGCCAAGAGUAUUGGCAAUUCUCCUGCACCAAACCACGUCGCGGGGUGGAUCCUGAGGACGCUGUAUCUGAGAAUGACAUCUCGUCCUCACGGAUCAUGGAUAUCAAGCUGCAUUACCAUGCAUCAAGUUGAGGCCAGUGGCCUUCACAAGGAGAUGCAGACCAUUGCAGUGGUCUACCCACCAACAACAGCCGACCACAAGCUGGCAAAGGGUCGGAGACGACUGUUCUGGAUCGCCCGAGCCCUCAAUACAAUCUUGUCAUUCGAGUAUGGACGGACACGUGUAAACUUCGAUGUUGUCACGACGAAGAAGUUCGCAGCUGAGAACGGCAACCAUGGCCAUCAAUUUGUUGAAUUGGCUGAGCUGCUUCCAAACGAUUUUGUUGACCGUGACCGAGAGCCGGAUCCCCCAGCAGCCCUCAGCCACGCAUUGUCAAGACUCGAAGCACUGCAGACCGACUCGCACUUCAUCUCACUGCUGAAAGCGGACCUCUCGUUCGCCAUCUAUCGUCGCCUAUGGCUGAUGAGUCUGACGGACGCAAAGGACAGAGCUGAUACGGUCAUCGGAAUUGGCCGAUCGGCCUUGACAGCAUCCGCAAAACUACUCGCGAGCAGGACGCCAUGGUGGAAUGUUAUCUGCACGCCGUUCCAAUUCCUGUGCGUUAUCAUUGCGGUAGGGACACCGACGAGUUUGUCCCAUAUUCAAGAGGUGAUGAAUUUGAUGCACACCAUCGCUCAGACGUACGAUACGCACAUGGUCCGAGAAGCGUACAACCAAGCGACGGCUCUGAUAACCAUGGCACGUAAACGAAAGCAUAAGGAGCUCGAAGCGCUGAACGCUGUGCCAGAAACACCACCAUUUACGGACCAUCCAUCUGCCGGGCCUAGCAGCACACUUUCGGAUGCGCCGAGCAUGGAUUGGGCAAUGGACAUUCCGUUCGAAUGGGAGAUGUUCAUCAACCCAGACCUACAAGUUGUACCUGACCAACAGGUACCCAUCGUCGACCCUACCGCUCCGCUGAGUUACACAGCACCUCAUUUCAAGGUCUGA